UCGUCUCGUAUUCUCUAAUUUCAGUGCCUGCUGACCAAGGAGUGCCCCAUCACGUGUUCGUCUAAUUGCGUACGCGCUCCCACCUGUACAAACCGCCUUUCAUUUAUCUCACCGACAAGCUUAACUAUGAGCUAACUGCUGUUAGACCCAGCCUUUCGGUUCAAGUCCGUGCCCCACAUCACCGAACCCUUCACCAGAACCCAGGUUUACUUCAAGAAGAAAGAACGAGGAAGCUUCCUAUUGCAGCUUCGGCCUCGAGGUGGAUUGCCCAGCAAGGCGAAUUCCCUUUUUGACGAAGCUGUCCGCUUGAAGUUUGGCAUCAGGAGCAGAAAUUUCCCAUUUGGUAGCUUGAGCAGCGGAUAAAUGUUGGUACUUUCUUGGAUUUCAGCUCAAUGAAUGGAAAUGGGUUCUUGAAAAUCGCAAAGAUUUGUUGGUUACCAGCUGGCUUUGGUGUUGUGGGGAGGGAUGAUGACUGUUAUAUUCGUUAAACCGACUUUGAGGCUAUAGUGACUAAUGAUGGAAAUGGAAGUGGCGGACACACGGAUUAUGAGUGGAUUUUAGCAGGAAUUCAUCUGUCAAUAUGAGGCCUUUGUUCAAGAGGGGUGUGAGUUUUGCCUGCCAAAUGGUCACAGAUCACUGUAAAGUCCGGGUCUUUGGUCCAAUCAAUGGAUUUACCGCGAUGGGUUCGUUGUUCUCUUUCCUUGUAGCAAUAACCUGUGCAUGUCUGUUUGUCUUACCCAUUUUUGAACCUGCCAUAUACACAUCCGAGAUUCCCAAAACUAGCGGUUUGAAUUCGAUGCGCACAUGCAAUGUGUUUGAAGGGAGUUGGAUCCCCGAAGAAAGUUACCCCCUGUAUAAUGCCUCGCAAUGUCCAUUUGCCGAGCGUGGUUUUAAUUGCUUGGCUAAUGGCCGCAGAGAUAGAGGUUAUACAAAAUGGAGGUGGAAGCCUAAGCAUUGUGAUAUCCCCCAGUUUGAUGUUCUCGCGAUUCUAGAGUAUCUUCGUGGCAAGCGUAUUGUCUUUGUCGGUGAUUCGUUGAGUAGGACACAGUGGGAGUCUUUCAUAUGCAUGCUCAUGACGGGCGUGGACGACAAGAGGAGUGUAUAUGAAAUAAAUGGGAAUCAAAUCACUAAACAGAUCAGGUUUCUGAGCGUGGGGUUUAGCUCUUAUAAUCUCAGGGUCGACUUCUAUCGGUCAGCAUUCUUGGUGCAGCCUGGUCCAGUGCCCAAGCGGGCACCCAAAAGGGUCAAAUCGACCAUUAGAUUGGACAAGUUGGAUGAUAUUAGCAAAGAGUGGAUUGAUUCUGAUUUUCUGAUCUUCAACUCAGGGCAUUGGUGGACACCUACGAAGCUCUUUGAGAUGGGUUGUUAUUUUCAGCACGGUGGAUCCCUGAAGCUCGGGAUGCCAAUUGCAUCAGCCUUCAAAGCUGCAUUAAACACUUGGGCAUCUUGGGUUGAGAGCAAUGUCAACCCCAAUCGGACGUCUGUGUUCUUCCGGACAUUCGAGUCUUCUCACUGGAGUGAUUUCGCUUGUUUCAGCGGUCGCCGUCGUAAUUCCUGCAAAGUUACUCGAAGACCCUCCUCUAAAACCAAUGGGAGGGACAAGAGCUCGAUCUCGGACAUAAUAAUGAAGGUCGCGAAGCAAAUGGCGUUUCCAAUACACAUGCUUCAUGUUACUCCGAUGGGGGCAUUCAGGAGCGAUGCGCACGUCGGUACUUGGAGUGAUAAUCCAUCGGUGCCCGAUUGCAGCCAUUGGUGCCUACCAGGAGUUCCCGAUAUGUGGAACGAGAUCCUCUUCUCCUAUAUGCUGUCCAAGAACGGUGAACUUUUCCAAUGAGCAACAACUGUUGCAACUUGCGGCUUAAAUUCUGUUGUACAUGAACUGUUUCCUUGUUACCCUGAUUGAGAGUUCGAGGAAUAUAGGAUGUAGUGCUUGGUGUGAUCUUUGGAGUUGAUAGUGUGUGCUGUCUGUCUCGCUGUUGGUUGAGGAACUAUGAUUCUUUCUGAGAUGAUGUUUCCUGUGGGUUCCUUUGUACUGCUGAUCAGCAAGGAAAGGAGAUGUUAUGAACA